UUAGACUACACCAUUCCAAAAUGGAUGAAGACCGGUUCAAUUGCCGAAUAGAGAUGAAGAACGCAAGGCUAGACCGUCGACGUUUUGUACUUUCUUCUUUCUUCUUCAUCUUGUUUCUUUGUUUCUUGGCUUCCAUCAAUGAAGUCCGAUUUGAUAGCCUGGUGAAGUUUGGUCAGUGUGCUCUAGCCAGCAGCAUGCACUCACAAUCUUUCAAUUCAUCGUCGGAUCAAAACUUGUCGGCCGCCUCGAAUGCUAGCGCUUCCACCUCAGACGACAUCCGAAUCCUCAUUGGCAUCCUAACAUUACCGGACCAAUACCAGCGCCGCAACUUCCUCCGCCUCAUCUACGGCACACAAGAAGCUCCAACGGGUGUCAAAGUCGACGUCAAGUUCGUGUUCUGUAAUCUAACAAAGGAAGACCAAAAGGUACUGGUUGCACUAGAGAUAAUGCGUUACGAUGAUAUCAUAAUCCUCGACUGCAAAGAGAACAUGAACAAGGGUAAGACUUAUACAUACUUCUCAAGCUUGCCAGAAAUGCUGAGCGACGCAAAUGGUCCUUACCCUCCAUAUCAUUAUGUCAUGAAAGCCGACGAUGAUACCUAUUUUAGGGUGAACAAUUUGGUGGAGUCUUUAAGGCCAUUGCCUCGAGAAGAUUUGUAUUAUGGUUAUGUUAUUCCAUGUCCUAGCAUGGACCCCUUUAAGGAUUACAUGUCAGGAAUGGGAUAUUUGAUUUCUUGGGACAUAGUGGAGUGGAUUAGGGAAUCAGAUAUCCCCAAGAACCAUUUGGAAGGGCCAGAGGAUAAGACUUUUGGGGACUGGAUUCGAGAAGGUCAUCGUGCCAAGAAUAGGUACAACGCCAAGUGGUCGAUGUAUAACUUUCCCGAACCGCCCACUAGAUGUACGCACGAGCUUUGGCCGGAUACGAUCGCGGUUCAUUUGUUGAAGAACCAGGAGAAAUGGAUUCGGACAUUGAAGUAUUUCAAUGUCACUGCUCAUUUGAAACCAUCGAAAUUGUAUCAUAUACCUUAGGUACUAAUCUAUAUUUCGCAUACUAUUUUGCUUAAUUAUGAUCAUUAUAUAUAUAUAUUCUUUUAUCCGAUCGCACAAUUUGAUCGAUGGAUACAAUCUAAUCAUCUUGAUCAGAUUUAUAGUUCAUGUUUUAGGUAUUUCAAAUGUGAAAUUCCCUUCCUAUAGGCACUUCAUGAGGCCUCAUAGUAAAGAAAAAUAUGAUUUAUUUUU